AUGGCCCGAAUUAAGAUAAGCGGAGUUCCUAUCGAGAUGCCGUUUGAGCCGUAUCCUGCACAGAUAGUGACGAUGACAAAGCUUAUAUCCUGUCUGACGACAGGAACAAGCGGACUGGUGGAGAGUCCGACAGGGACUGGAAAGAGCCUAUCUAUAAUAUGUGCAGUGCUGGGAUAUAGUGAAUACUUGAAGAGAGGAGCCAAGAGCAUCAAUGUCAAGAGAAGAGAGGGGGGGAGUUUGAAAGGAGAAGAGGCAAAGGAGGAGAAGCUGAAGAUAAUUAUAUGCUCGCGCACACACAAACAACUUGACCAAUUGAUUGAACAGCUUAGGAAAACACAUUACAGGCCAAGGAUCUCGAUCUUGGCAAGCAGGAGCCAGUAUUGCAUAUCACCUAAGCUAGGGGAUGUUACAGACAAGAACACAGGGUGCAACGAGUUGGUGAAGAGCGGGAGUUGUGCUUACUUCACGGGAAAGGACAGGCUUGCAAAAAGGGUUGGAGACAGGAUAUUUGACAUAGAGGAGUUGAAAGGGGAGGGCCGGAGAUGUGGUGGAUGUCCCUACUAUGCAUCGAGGAUCUUGAAUGAGGAUGCAGAAGUCAUAUUUGCUCCAUAUAACUAUCUGAUUGAUUCCAGAAUAAGAGAAAACACAGGAAUUAGCCUUGAAAACAGUGUGGUCAUUGUUGAUGAGGCACACAACAUAGAGGAUGUAUGCCGAUCGUCGGGCUCGAUUGAACUUAGCUCGCGGACUAUCGAGAUAAUCCAAAACGAGAUUCUAGGGGCAAUAAGGAGGAGCGGGAUGCUAGGAGAGAUCAAACUGGACUUUGUCAACCUCAUGGACUUCUUUAGGAAGCUUCGAGAGGGGGCAGAGAGCACAGACGGGUUUGACAGAACUACGUUUGGAGGGAAGCUCCGGAUAAGGAAGGGGAAAGAGAUAAAGGAUGAGCUUGAGAAGAUGGGAAUAACUAAGGAGUUUGUUUUAAAGAUCAAGAAUUCAAUAUACGCAAUCCAGAAGAAUGAAGAUGCAAAGGACCUGCUGAACAUGAGUACAUUCCAUGUACUGGAAGGUCUUGACUCUGUCUUGUCUGCAAUUCAUUUCAGCGGAUGCGAUGCGUAUUCGUUUGUGUUCCAGAAGACGAACGACGAAAACAUAAGAAACUCGAGGUUAUCCAAGUUUUCCUACAACUUCUGGCUACUGGAUGCGGGUUAUACAUUCCGAUCGUUUGUUGGGAAGGUGCGGUCGAUUGUACUUCUGUCUGGAACCUUGACACCUUUUUCUUCGUUUUCAUCGGAGUUGGGGCAUGACUUUACUCAUUCGAUUGUUGCACCUCAUCUAGUUACGGAAAAACAAGUAUUUGCUUCGUGUGUUCGGAAAGGACAUCUGCUGAAGGACCUGACUGGAACCUAUGGGGUUUCGGACACACCCCAAUAUCUGGACCAACUUUCUAGAAUCAUAGUGGAUGUGUCGAACAAGGUCAAGAGCCAUGGGGGAACAUUGGUGUUUGUACCGAGCUAUAGCUUCUUGGAGAAUCUGCAGAAGAGAAUGGGAGGAGAGAGUUCGGGGUUGUUGAUUGAACCAAAAAGCGGGGGAGGAAAUGAGUUUGAAAAGGUGAUGAAAAGAUAUAAGAACAGAAUAGCAACAAAGCAGAGGGCAAUAUUCAUGUGUGUCUACCGUGGGAAGGCGAGUGAAGGAAUCGACUUCAAGGAUUCCUUUGCAAGGGCUGUUAUUGCUGUUGGAAUUCCCUAUCCAAGCCUACAUGAUCCGCAGGUAGAACUUAAGAAGGAGUUUAACGACAGAUACAAAAGCUUCAAUGGACGGCUCUGGUACGAGGCACAGGCGUUUCGAGCAGUGAAUCAAGCACUUGGACGAGCAAUCCGUCACAAAGACGAUUGGGGGAUUGUGAUGCUCCUUGACAGCAGAUAUUCGGAGAAGAGAGUACAGACUCACCUGUCCAAGUGGGUUACAGACAACAUCAGGGUUCAUGACUCGUAUGACACCUGUGCCUCUGAGCUCUCUGGAUUUCUGUCUUUGAUUAAAUAG